UAUGGUCAUUUCACUUUUGUCAAUAUUUGAUUUCCGAAAAAAAUAGGUUGUCGUGUUUGUCAAAUUACAAUAAUAUGGACGAAAUUGAAAAGGAAAAAAUAGCGGCUCUGCCUUCUCAAAUGCUGAUUACGACAAUAUGUCAUCCUAUGGAGUAUGCGAAGGUUCUCAUCCAACUCGGAUACGAGCCUUUACCGCCGCGGCGUUCUACAACCCUGUUCGGGCGCCCUGCGAUGAUAUUACCUAACGUCUUUCAGUACAUAAAGUUUAUCAAGAAGUCAGACGGUUUCUUCGGAUGUUACACGGGACUGUCAGCGAGAGUCCUCGGUUUGGUCGCCUCUAGUCAGCUAACCUCGAAGGUAAUUCACGCCUGUGGUAUUGAUUUACCCGAGAUCAAUGAUCCUCCUAACAUUGUAACUGACGAUGAACCUAAACUUGAGGAUUACUACAAGCUCGGACGUCGGGACAUAAUCAUGCACACCGCGUCCGUCAUAGUGUCAUAUCCUUUCCAUGUAGUGUCAGUAAGGAUGAUGGCUGCGUUUAUUGGCAAAGAGGAAGAGUACAGUUCACUUUUGGGCGCAAUCGUAUCAAUUUACAGAGACGAUGGUAUCCUCGGGUUCUUCCAUGGAAUGGUGCCGAAACUUCUUGCAGAUUUGACAUGUGUAGCAGUCACAGGCAUUUUGGCUUACUAUGUAAACAAAUAUCUGGUGAAAACAAAGGACCUAAGAUACUAUACUUUACCAUUACUCACUUUUGUGACAAGCACAAUAACCUAUCCGCUAGUGGUUGUGUCGACUUGCAUGGCUGUUGCCGGAAGCAGUCUUAAGGCAGGUAGCCCACCAUUAAUGCCUGUCUACCCUUCAUGGCAAGCUUGCUGGCGAGACCUUCUAAAGAACAAGCAACACAAAAGAGGAUCAUCCCUUAUCUUUAGGUACUACAUCGCUCCAAUUGCAGCUAUGCAGUAAUUUUGUCAGUUGAAAUAUACAAUUGCAUUUAUUAUCUUGUAUUUAUUGUGUUUAUUCGCUAAGUGUUAUUCCACAAUCACCAAAGUAGAGAUUUUGACCUCUUGUAGAGAUGUAUGUGUAAAAUGAUUACUGUAAAUAAUUUAGUAUAAAUGUUUCAUGUGAAUUCAUUUUGCUAGAUUGUUGAAGUACAGGUGGGGUUAUAUUUAAAUAAAUAUAUUUUGUUUUGAA